GGCGCAUGUCAUCCUCCGAUGAAAGUAUAAUAAUGUAUUAUUUUGUGAUUUUCAACAGUGGAGGGAGUGGAUUGAACAUCUUCGAAAGGAGUAAGAGAGCAUUAGAAAUCAAAUGUCAGCAUGACGUCAACAAUGCCAGACAGUGCCAGUAGUAGUAAAUCAAAAAUAAUGAUAGAGACGGGAAUGGAGCAUCGAGGUAUGGAGCGAGUACUCUUGGUUACUGCAGUCUGUCUUACAUUUGUCGUCAUAGGAUUUAUUAUUUCUACAGAUACUUUGUCACAGGCUGUUAAACCAGACGAACCAAAUUCUUUCAGGAAAGCUAGAAAUUUCUACAAAUCGUGUAUGGAUGAAGAAACAAUCGAGGCAAAAGACGCAUCUCCGUUAAUUGACCUUAUGGAGUACCUAGGAGGAUGGCCAGUUCUUGGCACAAGUCCAGGCGGAAAGUGGUCCAGUAAUGGAUAUAAAUUUGAAACACUCUGGGCUAAGCUCACUGGCGAAUUAUCCGAACCUUACAUAAUUUCUACAUUCGUGAAUAUUGAUGAUAAAAAUUCCUCCAGGUACAUAUUAAUGAUCGACCAGCAAAUUAGUUUUGGUAUGCCUAGCAGAGAGUACUACUUGGAUAUUAAAUAUGCCAAGGUGAAAGAAGCAUAUCUAAAAUAUAUGACAACAAUAGCAACAAUGUUGAAGGGUGAUCCUUUGACGGUUAAACAAGAUAUGGCUGAUCUGCUAGAAUUUGAGACAAAGUUAGCCAAUUUAACCACUCCUAAUGACGAACGAAGAGACAGCGAAGCUUUGUACAACCUAAUGACGUUGAAAGAGUUGUCAGCAAAUGUGCCGUUGAUUGACUGGAGAUACUACUUUGACACUGUUAUUUCUGACAAGGUGAAACCAAUCACGGAUUCUGAACCAAUCGUCAACCGUAAUCCAAGAUUCAUUCGUGAAGUGUCGCAAUUAGCCGUCGUGGAUACGCCACCAAGGGUUGUUGUUAACUAUUUUAUAUGGCGACUUACAAUGAAUUUCAUUUCUAAACUUGGAGAGCGAUUUCGUUACGCCAACCAACAGUAUCUCAAGGUACUCUAUGGUCGAAGUUCAGAAGAGCCUCGGUUCAGGUUUUGUGCUGAAUCUAUAAACAAUAAAUUAAUGUUCGUUGUUGGGCGGAUGUACAUCGAUAAAAAGUUCACAGCUGAUAGCAAAGCAAAUACUUUGGAAAUGACACAUUAUUUAAAAAAUGCGUUUAUCAAAAUGCUAAAGGAUAACGACUGGAUGGACGAAGAGACAAAAAUAGUUGCAGAACAGAAGAUUGAUUUUGGCGACUCCGACUUCUUUGCAAACGAGAUUGAAUACGGGAACUGGACAGCUCGGGCACAUUUCGAACAAUUGUUUCAAAAAGUCGUCGAAGCAGAGUGGCUGAUGGGCCCAGCUGUUGUCAAUGCGUACUACACAAGAAGUCAUAACGAAAUUGUAUUUCCAGCCGGUAUUCUUCAAACACCAUUUUACAACCACAAGUCGCCAUGGUGGGGCUGCGGUCGUAAGUACGACAAAAACGGGAAUCUGGUACAGUGGUGGAGCGACGAGUCGAUUGAAAAUUUCAUUAAACAGACUGAGUGUAUUAUUGAUCAGUAUAAUAGUUACGUGAUGCCAGAAAAUGAUAUGAAUCUAAAUGGUGUGCAGACCCAAGGUGAGAAUAUUGCCGAUAAUGGUGGAUUGAAGGAAGCAUAUAUAGCUUAUAGGUCAUUUGUUGAUAAUGGUGGAAAAGAAGAACCACUACUUCCCGGUCUCAACUUUACACAAGAUCAGCUCUUCUUCAUUAACUAUGGACAGGUGUGGUGCAGUCUAUACCGACCGGCGGCAGUCACAAUUCAGAUUCUGAAUGGAGUACACAGUCUCGGACGAUACAGAGUGAUUGGAUCAACACACAACAAUGAAGAUUUCUCCAGAGUAUUUAGUUGUCCAAAGCCGAAACCAUCAAAAAAGAAGUGUAGAAUCUGGUAAAACUUUUUGCUCAACCUACGGUCUCUCUACUUCAAAUGAUUAAAUAUAAACUGAAGAAAUAUAAGAGUGGUGCUUUCACACAAAAGCCAAACAAAAGAGAAAAAAAAUCAUGUUUGAAUAUGAUGAGCAAUAAAUGAAAAUUGUUUCGAAGAUAGAUGGUAACAAAUGACGUAAUAUAUCUGAACUGCCAGCCGUAAAUACUCAAUGUUUGUAAAUAAUCACUAUGAAAUACCGUAAUUACAGAUAGGCCUAUAUAGUUCAAUGUUUAAAAAAAUAAACGAUAACAAAUACCGGUACGCUACUGGUCUUCGAAAUGGCCACUAACUAUUUUGUGUAAGCAUCAGUGAUCUUAAUCAUUCGUACAUUUAUAAAGUGUGUAUCAAAAUAAAUAAUACAGAGAGGUGGCCUACUACUGUUAUAUAAUUUGAAUUUAAAAACAUAAUAUUGUUUGAAAACACUGAAGUCUGAAUAACUUUAUAUAUUAUUUGAAAUGAUUCUUAAGCUGAUCUAUUUACAGUAGUAUGUAUUGUACAAUAACCAGUUUUAUUCAUCCUAUAUAUUCAAUUUUUGUAAAUAAAUGUGACGUAACAUACUCUGGACUGUCCACGAAAAAUACUGACGUAUAAGCUUAACAAAGUAUUUAAAAUAGACCUUUCCGGAGUGUCAAUCAAACUUAUCAACUGACUAAUCAGAACAGCGCUAGGGAUACGCGCGCGUCUCACAAACACACGUGUUGUCCCACAAACGCACGUGUUCGCGUAUG